AUGGGGGUUAACGCGUACAUUGAUGGCAAGGUGGUGCCGUGCGUCAUGACACUGUGUCAAGUGCAGGCCCUCUUUCCACAAGGCCUACUAGGUCUUCGUGAAUGCUUUGGAGAGAGAUCUCCUGUUGUUCCCCGGACGGAUGGUAGCGUUUAUCUUAGGGCUGGUGCCUUUUAUUCGUUGGGGACGGGUGACGCAAGUGACUGGCCGAGUCAAACUGUAACGAAGGGAACAGUAAGGGAGGUUUGCGCCUGGGAUCCUUCCGCAUCUACUUUGUCUGCUCCAGAUGAUGUGGUCACUGAUGCCUCCAUGGCAUUGUCUACUGCGAAUGUGGCUUAUGAAACGCUUCUUAUUCCUUCUCCCAAUGCGCCGUCGUCCCAUGCAAGAGAAAACGCACAGGAUGCUUGUCUUACAUCAUUCCCACAAGAACCGCAAUUGGGCAAAGGGGGCAGUGGUAUGACGUAUAAUGUUGGGAGGGCAAGCUCCGUGGGCGAUGAUGAGUAUGGACGUAGAAAUGUUGACUACUCUGGGAAUUUGCCCCCAGUCUUAUCUCAGGUCCGUAUUGCGGAUGUCCCCGGAAAGCACAUUCAGGAUCGCGUUCAUGAGUAUGUGUUUUUGCCGCCAAUUGCGAUUCGUGUAGUUGACACACCUGAGUUUCAGCGUCUUCGUUCGUUGAAGCAGCUCGGUACCACCGUUUUUCUCUAUCCAGGUGCAACGCAUACACGCUUUGAGCACUCUAUUGGUGUGGCGCAUUUGGCGUCUGAAAUGGUUCGUCAUAUUGCGAUUUGUCAACCCGAGUUAAACAUUACACUAGCUGAUAUCAUUUGUGUAACCGUUGCAGGACUCUGCCACGACAUUGGGCAUGGUCCAUUCAGCCAUUUGUUUGAGCAAAUUGUGAAUCGUAUUCGUGGAAAGGAAGGAAAUAAUUCCCAAUGGCAUCAUGAGCAAAUGUCUGUUCGCCUUCUGCGUCGUAUUCUUUCCCAGAUUGACCUUGAAGAAUAUGGUCUAACAGAUGAGGAUGCCCGUUUUAUCGAGGUUUGCAUAUUGGGGCUUUCUCCAAAGUCACCGUGGCCCACCGGCACUGGGCGUCCGCCGUGCAAACGAUACCUUGUUGACAUUGUUGCAAACAAACGCAAUGGUCUGGAUGUGGAUCGGCUUGACUACUUUCUUCGAGACUCGCUUGCGUGCUAUGGUCGCGCCGCUCUUGAUGUGCAUAUUCCUCGUCUACUGAGCGCCUGUAAAGUAUUUUGCUUUGAGGGUGAGUAUCAACUUUGCUUUGAGGAGAAGAUGGCCCUGAGUCUUGGGGACAUUUUUAAUGUCCGAGCAAAACUGCAUAAGCAUGCGUAUCAGCACAGGGUUGUUAAGGUCACUGACUACAUGGUUUCUGAUGUCCUGCUCGAGGCCGAUCCGUACUUCACGGUGCGUGGUACAAACGGUAAACCCAUUCGCAUGUCGGAGUGCGUGGAGGAUGAGGUAGGCUUCUGUCAACUUGGAGAUUGGGUGUGUAACGCUAUUGCUGCCUCGACUGAUCCGCGGUUGGCUAAAGCGCAGUUAAUUAUUCAACGUAUUAAUCAACGUAAUUUGUACAGGGUUGUUGAUAUGGCGAUGUUCUCGCGAUUUCAAGUGAGUGCCACAGAAGAAAGCAUUCGUGAUGAAAUAUUGAUUUGGUGCAAUAAAUUGGAAGAUGAUACGCUAUUGCAAGAGGCAAUUAAGCGCACUUUGAUCGUCUCUUUCAUUGUGAUUACAUAUGGCAGCCUCGACGCCCAGGGGAACCCAGACGAUCCCAUCAACCACGUCACGUUUUACAACCCAAAGGCUACCGAGCUAGGGGCUUUCAAGCUUCCAGGAACACGUGUGAGCCCCUUGUUUUCACCGAGCCACUACGGUGAGCGGAUGGUGAUUGUCAUGGUGCGCGACGAAGAGUUUCUUGACAUUGUCAGGGCGGCAUUUGAGGCAUGGAAGCUUGAAUACGGGCCACGUUUGGGGGAUGCUGUGCCGACGACUAACAGGAGGAAGGAUGAGACCCCUGGGAAGGCCUCUGCGAAGGCGAGGAGUGUGAGCCAAAAUAGUAACGUCCUAAGUGGUAAUGAUAUAGUUCCUUUUGAAGGGAUGCAACGACAAGCGCAAACAGCCUCGCUGACGCAGGAAUCACCCCAAAAGCAGAAAAGUGUGCAGAGGAAUUUAAAGAGAGCUCGAACCUCCAGUUGCGCACCCGGUGAUUCACAGCGAGAUCACGCGGAUGAGGGCAACGAAAUAAGUGAAAAGUUGAAACGAAUUUGUAGUUAG